UUUUGAACUUGAAAAAGUUUUUCGUUGAACGUGAUUUUGAAAUUUGCAAGAAAAACUCAAUAAAAGUUAAUUAAACUAGUUUGAAGAUGGCAAAAGUAGAGAAGAAAUCAGCUUUUCAACCGGAUCCAGAUGCUGACAUCAAAAUUACGUUCGAUGAUCAAAUGAGGAUAAAUCAAUUUGCAAAUCAUGUCGCUAAAAUUGAAGAUCUCAAAGAAGAACUAAAGUCCAAAAAAGCCGAAUUAACCAACAUCGAUGAAGCUAUUGAAGAAAUUGAGCUUGUUGAUGAUGAGCAGAUCCAAUUCCUGAUUGGAGAAGUCUUCAUAUUUAAUAAUGUCGAAAAGACACAGAAAUUACUUCAAGAAUCAAAAGAAGGCAAGGAAAAGGAAAUUGCCAGUAUUGAAGUUCAAGUUGACGAGAUCCAGGAGAAGAUGACAAGCCUUAAAUCUCAAUUGUAUGCAAAAUUCGGGCAUAAGAACAUUUAUCUUGAAAAUGAUGAUGAUGAAGAUGAUCAAUAAAUUAUUUAAUUAAUACUUUUUUUUUUAAAACCCUCAAAAAA